AUGGGAUGUUCAAUAAAUAAGAAUAAAUUAACAAGUUCUACAACUACUACUAAUAACACAAUUGACUAUUUCGAGCAAUAUUUAAAAAGUGUAGGCUCUUUAGUCGAAUGUAAUGAAAUCAGAAAAGGAAAGAAUUCUUAUUAAAUAUAAAAAAACCCUAUAAUAUUAAGGAGGUUGAAUAAAUCCAAAGAGAAACUUUAUGAAAUAGAAUAGGACAAGUUGUUUGUAAACUGA